AUGUCUCUUUGGGGAUCGCCUGUUGAGCUUCCGUCUACAUCUCCUGAGAACCCUGUGCCGAGCUCGGUCAACGGGGACUCCAGUCGUCCCAGGACUCCUCAUAUAUCCAGUCCGGCCCCAAAUUCUACUGACUCUCGGGAACCUAACGCAGGACCAAGUAAUGAAGCUCCCGUAGCACGUCUGGAUGGCUUAUUCAACUUCCAAAUCGUUGUAUUCCAGGUGGAGAACACCCUCUUCCAGGUUCUCAAGAAUGGGUUCAUGGUUCCUGGAACACCAUUUGAGGCCAUGUUUGCCUUGCCUACUCCUUCAGACGAUGACGAACAACCAUUUGCUGAAGGUGACAGUUUGACCAAUCCCAUAUUCCUUCCUGGGGUGGUUGCCUCAGAGUUCCGAGCCUUUUUGAAAAUUUUGUAUCCAUUCAUGGGUCCGUCAGUGGUCACUUCGUACGAAGAUUGGGUAGGGAUUCUGAACUUGGCUACUAUGUGGGAAUUUACACACGUAAGAGCGUCUCUAAAUCAGUUGGAUAAGCCAAUUCCAGAGCGCAUCAUUUUGGGCCGCACAUAUCGCGUUGUAGAUUGGCUCAAGGAUGAAUACAUAACCCUCGCUCAGAAUCCAAAUCUCGAUAUAAAGAAUUUACGCGACCCAUCUGGCAUACAGUUGGACUGGGAAACGAUUGCAAAAAUCAUGUUCGUGCGUGACAAAAACAUGUUAACCAACCUCAGGCAGGGACGAUCUUCAUCUGGCUAUCACUGUGGUACAUGCAACAUAUACUACGGAUAUCAUCAUGAGGUUCUCGAUUGUCGGUGUCGAAUCAAGCCUUUAAUCGAAGAAGGCUUUCAAGAGGAGUUUCAAGAUUUAGCCGGAGCCCCAAGUGGCGGUUUGAACACUUCGCCACCUCUUCCUACAAGUACGUAA